CUAGGAUCCAUCCAUCCUUGAUGUCACCUGAGCCCUGAAUGGGUGCCCCCACCCCAGCUACACUCAUUACAAUCAAACGUCAGAGUCUGAUAGCAGAUCCCUGUCACAAAGUACCUCAUAGCCGGCCUGCUGCCAAUCUCAUACACCCUAGACAUGAGCAAGGGGGGGAACAGAUCAUUUUAUAGCUGGCACCCUGAGGCUGGGAGAGGAAGCAAGACCCAGGAGUCUGGAGGCAGAGCCAGGUCUAGAAACCAAGCUUCCCCAUGACAUCUCCCCUCUGCCCUGGCCCCCACCCUAGGUCUAAGGAGGGGGUGAGCUCUGGGCAGUGGUGGCACCAAGUGGUGGCUAAUUCUAUCCCCCCAGCCCCAGCCCUGCCCCAAGGGUGCUCUACCCCUUGCCCCUCCUAGAUGGGAGUCUGAACUUCCAGAUCCUGUUAUAUGCUCUGAACAGUAGGUCCUUAUGGGGCUAGAGGGAAGGAGAGAGCCAUUGAAGACUUAAAGUGGCUGGAUUCAGCCCUGACUCUGGUCCAGUCCCAUCCACCCCAUCCACUCUUGCCGCCAUCUGACACACCUAUCUGCCAGGAUUUCCCCAACUUUGGGCAACCUCCAGCCCAGGAGCAGAACGACCAGGAACGGAAAGGCCAGGAGCAGAAGGGCCAGGGCCAGACGGCGUCGGGCGCGAUGACUCUGAAUGGCGGCGGCAGCGGAGCGGGCGGGAACCGCGGCGGGGGCCGGGAGCGCGAGCGCCGUCGGGGCAGCACACCCUGGGGCCCGGCGCCCCCGCUGCACCGCCGAAGCAUGCCGGUGGACGAGCGGGACCUGCAGGCGGCGCUGGCUCCGGGCUCUCUGGCAGCGGCCGGGACCGGGACCGGGACCGGGGCCCAGGGUGGGACGCUCGAAUGGCACGAGGGCUCCUCCGAGUCGCUCAGCUCAGGGGGCAGUGACUCAGACGAGAGCGUCUACAAGGUGCUGCUGCUGGGGGCGCCUGGCGUGGGCAAGAGCGCUCUGGCGCGAAUCUUCGGUGGUGUAGAGGAUGGGCCUGAAGCAGAGGCCGCAGGGCACACAUAUGAUCGGUCCAUCAUAGUGGAUGGAGAGGAGGCAUCACUCAUGGUCUAUGACAUCUGGGAGCAGGAUAGUGGCCGCUGGCUACCUGGUCAUUGCAUGGCUAUGGGCGAUGCAUACGUCAUCGUGUACUCAGUGACAGAUAAGGAAAGCUUCGAGAAGGCCUCAGAGCUGCGAGUCCAGCUGCGGCGGGCACGGCAGACGGAUGAUGUGCCCAUUAUCCUAGUGGGCAACAAGAGCGACCUGGUGCGCUCUCGAGAGGUCUCCUUGGAUGAGGGCCGGGCGUGUGCCGUGGUCUUCGACUGCAAGUUUAUUGAGACCUCAGCAGCGCUGCACCACAAUGUCCAGGCCCUGUUUGAGGGUGUCGUGCGCCAGAUACGCCUGCGCAGGGACAGCAAAGAGGCCAAUGCACGUCGACAGGCGGGUACCCGGCGGCGAGAGAGCCUUGGCAAGAAGGCAAAGCGUUUCUUGGGCCGCAUUGUAGCACGCAACAGCCGCAAGAUGGCCUUUCGCGCCAAGUCCAAGUCCUGCCACGAUCUCUCCGUGCUCUAGACUCCACAGGCACAUACUGUGUUGUGCAUACACGUGGGUGGAUUGGUGGGCUGGCCCAGCCAACUGCCCUAGGUGCCUCAGGGCUGGCUCGGACUCUGGGCAUACCCCACCUCAUGGUCACGGACAGACAGACAGUGCUGCCCAGGGAGGCAGCUCCCAGUGACCAUCAAGGGCUGGGCCCACAGCAAUGUGUGUACAGGCCAG